UUCACAGUUUGCUGUUGAUUUUUGCAGUUUAAUACUUCUCCGGUCUCAAGUUGUCCACAAUGUCUUUAAUGAAAUGUAUUUCAGUGAUUUGUAUUGCCGGUAUUCUUUCCAAUGAAUGCCUAGGAGAAAUGGAAUUCGAGUGCGCCGCUCUUCCUGACGGUGAGGUUGCUAAGAUAACCAACUUCAUCUCUGUGGAUAACAGCGUCAGUGAAUCUGCUAUCUGUAAGAUGCAAUAUCAGGUGCCAGAUGGGGCAAACCUCUGGCAAGGCAUACUUGCUGCUAAUCAGCAACACGGGGAUAACUUCACUUUCGGGGCGUCUUUGCAUCCUAUAUACGGUCACUUUAUUACGACCAUUAAUGGCGUCGCAGGCAAUGCAGAUUAUUUCUGGGCAAUCUUCGACGGGGAAGGAAUAGCGACACCUACAGGUGAGAAACAGAAAUGUCAUUACGAUGUAAAACCACCACUGUUAUAUUAA